AUGAAUUCUAUACAAUAACUCUAUUUCCAAGCCAUACUCAAGCAAUAAGAAUUAGAGAAAAUCAAAUAGGAGGAAUAGGUACAAAGAUAAAAUCAAGAAAUUAGCAAAUAGCAGUAAUUACUCUCAUUUGUUUCGCAGCCUGGUUUAUACGCUGGUGAUAAAUAAAGUUGGCCCUUGAUUGACAUUCAAAACAGAAUAACAUAAUUUUACUAACAAUUAGUGCUGAGACGAGAAACAGUGAUCAUUAGGAAUUAAAUCGAUCAUCAUCUACCUUAUUUCCUCAAUGUAUUGGGCAAUUUGAUUAUUCAUGGGUUGGAUUCAAUAAAAUGUGAAGGAAAUUAUAUUGGAAUUCUAAAAUCCUAAUUUUUAAAUUAACCAAUGAACAUAACUAUGAGCAAUUCAUUGUUCAAAACUCUCUCUCUCCUGUUGAGAUCAUCCCUUGUUUAAUUUGAUAAAGAUUAAAUCUAGGAUAGAAGAUGUGUCAAUAUGAAAUAUCUUUAUCAAUUCUUAUUAUUCAGAGAUGACUUUUGCGAUAUUUUUUAUAAUUCUCUAUAUCAAUAUCAGAUCUCAUCACACAAAUAAGUGAGUUAAUAGCUGAGCUUCUAUCAAUUGCAUCAAUUGGUGGUUAAAAAGUCAGAAGAUGUUUGGUGCACAUUCAUAUAUAAAAUAUUGAGCUAACAGUAAUAGCAGUUAACGACAGAUUAGUUUUUUGUUUAAUUUAAUCAUUACACACUCCUGCUGAAUAGUUUCUUUAAGAAACCAAAUCUAAUCUUUAACAUAGUUGAAAAUACUGUAAAAGAAACAGCCCAGUUACAUAACGACACAAUCUUUUAAGAAUAUCUUAUGAUUAUGGGUAGUUUCAAAGCAACAACCUAAGAUUUCUUGAAAAAAGCGACCUCUAUAUUUUUUGAUGAUAGCAACUCAGCAAUCGAUUUGUCAGAAUUUAUAAUAAAAACCAAAAAAAUACAUAAUUAAUUGAAUAGUUCUAUCUUAUACAUAUUGCCUAAGCUAUUGCAAUUGGAGAAUCAAAUGAUCGAUAUGGUCUAAGUAAAUGGGAAACAAGAAGCAGAACCAGUCAAAAACAGUUCCAAUUAUUAUUUAAAGAUGAUUGAGAGGCUAAAAAAUAAAUGUGUAUACAAUGGAGAGGAAAAUUGCAAUUGCAAGAAGUGCCAAUGCAUCAGAAGGAAUAGAAAUUCUGCCAAUGAAGCUCAAAGGAAAAAGAGAGAGGCUCUUGAAAAAAUAGGACCGUUGCAAGAUGCUUUUGAAGAAUUAAGAAAAAAGGUUAGAGUAGUGCAGAAUGAGAAUGAGAAUCUUAGACAAUUACUUAUAAAUGUGUUCUAACAUCCGUAGUAUCAAAGCUGGCUUCAACCUUCAUAGAGCCUCUCACAAAAAUCAUAUCAGAUGCAGAUGGUGAAUUUGCUUCCUCUGAAUUUUGUUAAUGAAUUAUAUUAUAUAACUUAUUUUAUAUCUAUGAAAUAGAAUGAUGUUUUUACAAAACGAGAAACUCUUAGACCAAUCAAUACAUUGACCUGUUUUGAUUCUGCUCAUUCAAAUUCGCUAUACAUUCUAAAAAUGAAGGAGUUGACAGGAAUCUAUAAAUAAGAAAGUGAAUUGCUGUAGGAUGAUCUUUCCCAUAUGAAUCAAUUAAUUAAUUCAUAAAGUCAGGACAUUCAAAAUGAAAUUGAACCUCAAAUUCUUGAACUCAAAUAGAUGCUCUAAAGACAGGUUGUGGAAUAUAAUCAUGAGAUGGAGGAUCAGAUCGUAUAAUUGGAAAAUAUCAGGAAUGAUAAUUUAGAUUUGGAAAAAGAAAUAUACAAACUACAAUAGCGGUUGACUCAAUUGGAUGAUCAUAUUGGAUAAUAAGUGCUAUAAAGAAAGUACGAUAUCAAAUUUUCAUGA